AUGGAGCCGGGAUUCAACUGCUCUGAGCUCUGUGAUGGCAGCUCCAGUUUUGGCAGCCAGGAGCAGCAGCAGUGGGUGCUGCAGGAGCUCUGCACUGUCACAGUGACAUCUUCUGACCGCAGUGGGAAGAGCUCCCCGUCCUUCUCUGCUGCUCUCCUGGGAACUGUGUGGACGUUCCUGACUGGAGGAGUCCUGCUAGCACUCUUCUUUCUUGUCUUCACAAUUCGCUUCAGGAAAAACAGGAUUGUGAAGAUGUCCAGCCCCAAUCUGAACAUUGUGACCCUGCUGGGCAGUGGCUUGACUUACACUAGUGCUUACCUCUUUGGGAUUCAGGAGCAGAGCCUGCCAUCCGGAGACUCAGUGGAAAAGCUUAUUCAGGUGCGGCUCUGCCUGCUGUGCGUGGGGACCUCCCUGGUGUUUGGGCCCAUCCUGGGGAAAAGCUGGCGGCUCUACAAGGUGUUCACCCAGCGGGUGCCGGACAAGCGGGUGAUUAUCAAAGACCUCCAGUUGCUGGCGAUGGUGGCAGCGUUGGUGCUGGCAGACGCUGUGUUGCUCUUGACGUGGGUAUUCUCUGAUCCAGUCCAGUGUUUCCGAAGCCUCAGCGUCUCGCUGCGGGCGACGGAGAAAGGCAUGACCUGCUCAGUGAGCCGGGUGCAGUCCUGUGCAUCUCUUUAUUCCGAUCUUUGGCUCGUUCUUAUUUUAGGGUUUAAGAGUAUCCUCCUGCUGUAUGGGACCUACUUGGCCGGUCUGACUGACAAUGUCAGCUCCCCGCCAGUCAACCAGUCCUUGACGCUCAUCGUCGGGGUCAACCUCGUUUUCCUGGCUGCUGGCACUGUCUGCUUAGUUCACCGUUUCUUUCGCACUUGGCACAACUUGCUGUUUGGUUUUACCUCUGGAGGCAUCUUCAUGUGCACAACCACAAUCAACUGCUUCAUCUUUGUCCCACAGCUCAAGCAGUGGAAAGCCUUUGAAGAAGAAAGCCAAACCAUGAGCCACAUGGCAAAAUAUUUCACCAGCCCGAGCAGGAGCUGCUACUCAGUGUACAGCGAGGAACAGCUCUACCAGCUGAUAGGGGAGAAAAACUCCAUGAAGCGGCUGCUCACCGAGAAAAACGCCGUGAUCGAAAGCCUGCAGGAGCAAGUGAGCAGCGCCAAGGAGAAGCUGAUGAGGCUGAUGUCUGCGGAGAGCGGCUGCGACCCCCGUGCACCGCCAGCGGCUCCCUGCACCCGGAAUGCGGGGCAUUGUGGGGAUGCGCCGGGGGACCGCCGCCCCCCAGAUCUGGAGCAGGAUGGGUGGCAGCCUCCCCAUUUGCUGGGUAAAACGACUCUUUGCAGCGAUGCUCAGGACCUCCGGAAACCUGUGAGCCACGAGCCUGUCUGCUCUCAGACACUGCUUUUUGACAUGGGGGAUGGCCUUGAACGUGGCCUGAAAGAUGCCCAGGAACAUGGGACAGCUGCAGGGCAGGGGCAGCCUCUGGAGAAGCUGCCGGGCCAGGACAUCUCGGCUGGCACGGCCUGGGAGUCAUCCCCCAAAGUCAGCUACGUCAGCAGCGAGAAGCUGCGGGAAAUCUUGCAAGAGCUGAGCCUGGAUGGAAAAACCUGGGGGGCUCCCACGAGCAGCCAGGGCCCCCCAGGUGAGCAGGGAGGAACGUGGGGGGCCCAGGAGGGCUACCCGGGCAUCCACACUCCCCUCAGCCCCUACCUGGCGAGGCGGCGGCGGAGGAUCCCGCUGCCUUCUGCCUCCACCCGCUUCCCUGGGCAUGUGUCCCCUUGUGCCGGCCCCGGGGUGAAGGAGGCGGGUGGCUGGGGCCGUGGGGAUUCGGCACGUAUCUCCCUGGGGAGGGAAGGGGAGAUGGCUGGCAGAGGGCUCCUUCACCCCCCAGCACCGUCCCCUCUGGCCAUCCCUGGGGAGGUCUGCCUCCAGCCAGAGGGAUGGCCAGGAUGGCUGGAGUCCCAGGGUGCUUCCCCAUGCAUCCUGCAGGAGCAGCGGUGGCAGGGUGCCCCGAGGGGACCCGCCGAGCCCUCCCUGCGCUCGCUGUACUAUUAUCCGGACUCUGACUCCAGCAGCAGCAGCUCCGAGGAGAUGUUUCAUGGCUGCCACCGGCCCUGCUGCAAGGUCUGCUUCCAGAGCCCACGCGGGUCCCUGGGCAGCAGUAGCACGGACACGGACACAGAGCCCAGUGGGCACGUGGGCCACCGGACAGAGCACCACAGCGGCCUCCAGCCUGUGGUGAAUUUUAAAGAAGAUCUGAAGCCCACCUUUGUGUGA